UUGUAAAUCUCUAUUUUUUUUCUAUUUUUAUGUGCAUCUGGUUGAUUUGCACACAUGCGGUUGUUUUAUUGUCCUGUUUCAGGAUUGCUUAGAUGUGGCAAGAGUUGUAGACUGCGAUGGAUAAAUUACCUUCGCCCUGAUCUCAAGAGAGGGAAUUUCACCGAGGAAGAAGAUGAACUUAUCAUCAAGCUUCAUAGUUUGCUAGGAAACAAAUGGUCUUUGAUUGCGGGAAGAUUACCUGGAAGAACUGAUAAUGAGAUAAAGAAUUACUGGAACACCCACAUAAAGCGGAAGCUAAUCAGCCGAGGGAUUGACCCACAAACUCACCGUCUACUCAACGAAUCAAACCCCCCGCCCGUUUCAACUCAGUUGGAUUUCAAGAACUCAUCAUCCUCUCCCCACCCACCCAGAAUCUCAUUAAACCCAAAUAGCGUUACUCUGGAUCUCAAGUUCGAUGAGUUCCAACCAAAACCCAAAACGGAGUCUGUGGAAGAAGCAAUCUGCAGUAGCAGUGGGAUGACCACUGAUGAAGAACAACACAAGGGGGGGAGUCAUGAAUAUCAGGAAGAGAUUAACCUAGAGCUCUCAGUUGGUCUGGCACCGAGUCGGACUCAUUCUUCUUCCGCCAAAAACAACAACAACAACACGGCCGAGUCGAAGCUCCAGAAAGUUCCUUUCUUGUUUGGCACAUCCAUGGUGACACAACCUGUUUGCUUGUGUUGCCAUCUGGGUUCUCGCAAAAGUGAACCUUGCAGGAAUUGCCAAACUGCAAACGGGUUAUACAGAUAUUACAUAUCUUGAUUCUUAGAUCCAUAAAUUUUUAUUUUUAUUUUAAUUUUUUUAGAAUCAACUCAGUAGUUUAAAUAUUAGAACUGAUACAUGCCUAGUUGUUGAGUUCCCUGCUAAUACAAGGGAGCUAAAGAAGCAGAGAAGAUGUGUAUGGUAUGAUGACUUUGUAGAGAAAUGCAUUAUAAUUAAUCCUGCAAAUCAUUUUAAAUGCUUUUUGGAUCC